AUGAGCAGUAACAACAAGAAGCCACCAGGAGGCAAAGACGACAAGAAGAAUCCCUCCAGCAAAGAGGACAGCCCGUCGGGCGGUAAAGACGAUGGUGGGUCAGCCUCGACGGGAAGCAAUGGCGGUGCGACUGCAGGAGAACCAUCGCAGCCUGGAAGCAAGCCCAGCUCUGCCGGAGCGACCGCCAGAGAAGGGGCCCAAAGGCUGCUGGGCCUGGCAGCACGUGGAGAAUGGGCCCCCGUGGACCAACUGCUCAAGACUCUGGAGAAGACGGUGCAGAGCGCGGGAGAAGAUGGCUUCAUUGUGCCGCUUGCAGGUGUCUUGGACACGGAUAAUUACAAUGCUCUCCAUAUCGCUGCUAUGUAUUCGAGAGAGGAUGUCGUUAAAUUAUUGCUGUCUAAGAGAGGUGUUGAUCCUUAUGCCACAGGAGGGCCAAGACAACAAACGGCGGUUCAUCUGGUAGCAUCAAGGCAGACGGGCACCGCUACGUCGAUCUUACGAGCUCUCUUGGGUUCUGCUGGACGAGAUAUUAGGCUAAAGAUCGACGGAAAAGGAAAGAUACCUCUUCUGCUAGCAGUCGAGGCUGGCAAUCAGUCAAUGUGCCGAGAACUUCUAGCACAGCAAGCGCCUGAUCAACUUCGUGCUACUACGCCAGCCGGCGAUUCUGCCCUGCAUUUAGCCGCUAGAAGAAGAGACAUCGAUAUGGUGCGGAUUCUGGUGGAUUACGGCGCGGCCGUCGACAUGCAAAAUGGCGAUGGGCAAACUGCGUUACACAUAGCGAGCGCCGAAGGUGACGAAACCUUAGUGAAAUAUUUUUACGGUGUCAGAGCCUCCGCCUCAAUCACCGAUCAUCAAGAUCGAACACCAAUGCAUUUGGCCGCGGAGAACGGCCACGCUUCCGUUAUCGAACUGCUGGCCGAUAAAUUCAAAGCAAGUAUCUUCGAAAGGACGAAAGACGGCUCCACUUUGAUGCACAUAGCAUCGCUCAACGGUCACUCGGAAUGUGCCACUAUGCUCUUCAAGAAGGGCGUGUAUCUGCACAUGCCAAAUAAACGCGGUGCUAGAUCCAUUCAUACAGCUGCGGGAUACGGACAUGUGGGUAUUAUCAGCACUCUGCUGCAACGAGGAGAGAAGGUGGACGCUAUAACUAACGAUAACUAUACGGCACUUCAUAUAGCCGUAGAAAGUGCCAAACCAUCUGUCGUAGAAACUCUUCUAGGAUAUGGCGCAGAGGUACACGUGAGAGGUGGAAAACUUCGAGAAACUCCACUUCACAUAGCUGCCAGAGUGCCCGAUGGCGACAGAUGCGCUCUGAUGUUAUUGAAAUCUGGAGCAGGUCCCAAUUUGACAACUGAUGAUGGCCAAACACCUGUGCACGUGGCAGCUAGCCACGGGAAUUUAGCGACACUCCUUUUGCUCCUCGACGAUGGCGGAGAUCCGAUGUUCAAAUCAAAAAAUGGAGAGACGCCCUUGCAUUUAGCCUGUAGAGGUUGCAGGGCUGACGUGGUCAAACACUUGAUAGAAUUCGUAAAAGAAAAGAAAGGUCCGGAAGUGGCGACCGCUUACGUAAACAGUUUGACCAACGAAGGUGCCAGUGCACUCCAUUAUGCUGCCCAAAUCGAACCUUCAGAAGUCGGCACCCCCGGCGAUGAUCGCGCAGUCGUCCGCGCUCUUCUUGAUAGCGGUGCGGACGUCUCUCUACAAACCAGACAGGCCCAGGAAUCGGCGUUCCAUCAUUGCGCGCUUGCGGGCAACAAUGAAGUUCUAUCAGAGAUGAUCAGUCGUAUGCCAGCUACAGAGGUGCAAAAAGCCUUAAACCGACAGAGCGCCGUGGGUUGGACGCCAUUGUUGAUCGCAGCUCAUCGGGGUCAUAUGGAACUAGUAACCACACUCCUCGCUAAUCACGGGAGGGUAGACGUGUUUGAUCUCGAGGGCAGAUCUGCUCUUCAUCUAGCUGCCGAGCAUGGCUACCUUCAAGUCUGCGACGCGUUGCUGGCGAACAAGGCCUUCAUAAACUCCAAGUCGCGCGUUGGAAGAACCGCCCUGCAUCUGGCUGCCAUGAAUGGCUAUACGCAUUUGGUACGGUUCCUCGUACAGGAUCACGGCGCCGCAAUAGACGUGCUCACUCUGAGGAAGCAGACUCCCCUUCAUCUGGCAGCGGGAGCGGGUCAGUUAGAGGUCUGCAAAUUACUUCUAGAACUUGGUGCCAGUAUAGAUGCCACCGAUGAUCAGGGACAAAAACCAAUUCACGCUGCAGCUAUGAAUAAUUAUGCCGAAGUGGCGCAACUCUUUCUGCAGAGGCAUGCUAGUCUCGUGAUGGCCUGCACCAAGGAUGGCAAUACUUGCGCUCACAUCGCCGCCAUGCAAGGCAGUGUCCGAGUAAUCGAAGAACUGAUGAAGUUUGACAGGCAGGGCGUAAUAAGUGCUAGGAAUAAACUAACUGAAGCGACUCCUCUGCAACUGGCAGCGGAAGGUGGACAUGCCGAAGUCGUGAAGGCUCUGGUUAGAGCUGGUGCAUCUUGCGCUGACGAAAAUCGUGCGGGUUUUACUGCGGUUCACCUGGCGGCUCAACACGGCCAUGGUCAGGUACUUGAAGUGAUGAGGUCGUCGCAAUCUCUUAGGAUAUCCAGUAAAAAGCUCGGUGUUACCGCACUUCACGUUGCUGCUUACUUUGGACAAGCCGAUACGGUUAGAGAACUGCUCACUCACAUACCCGGAACUGUGAAAUCCGAUCCACCAACCGGAGGAUCUUUGGUAGGAGAAUUAGGGGCUGAAUCCGGCAUGACUCCUCUUCAUCUGGCUGCCUAUUCUGGAAACGAGAACGUCGUACGACUUCUUCUCAAUUCUGCGGGGGUUCAGGUAGACGCAGCGACAACUGAGAACGGCUGGAACCCUCUACAUCUGGCUUGUUUCGGUGGUCACAUAACUGUCGUGGGUCUGCUUUUGAGCAGAUCAGCAGAAUUGUUGCAUAGCGCAGAUCGUUACGGUAAGACCGGACUGCACAUCGCGGCAACUCACGGACAUUAUCAGAUGGUGGAGGUUCUUUUGGGCCAGGGAGCGGAAAUAAACGCAACUGAUAAGAACGGUUGGACACCGCUGCAUUGUGCGGCACGUGCCGGCCAUCUGGACGUUGUGAAGUUGCUUGUGGAAAGUGGUGGGUCUCCGAAAACCGAGACGAAUCUCGGCUGCGCACCGAUCUGGUUCGCCGCUUCCGAGGGUCACAACGAUGUGCUGAAAUAUCUCAUGGAGAAGGAGCAUGAUACGUAUGCUCUGAUGGAUGAUAGAAGGUUCGUCUACAACAUGAUGGUCUGCAGCAAAAGCCAUAACAACAAACCGAUCGAAGAAUUCGUCCUGGUGUCACCCGCGCCAGUCGACACUGCGGCAAAAUUAUCCAACAUCUACAUGAAGCUUUCUGAAAAAGAAAAAGAACGUGCUAAGGAUUUAAUCGCGGCCGGGAAACAGUGCGAAGCAAUGGCCACCGAAUUGCUGGCUUUAGCGGCGGGCGCCGACUCGGCCGGCAGGAUCUUGACGUCGAUGGAUCGCAGGAAUGUCGAGUUCCUGGACGUGUUGAUUGAGAACGAACAGAAAGAGGUGAUUGCGCAUACCGUAGUGCAGCGCUAUCUCCAAGAGUUGUGGCAAGGUAGUCUGAAUUGGAACGCGUUCAGGACGAUCCUGCUGUUCAUUGCCUUCAUCGUGUGCCCGCCGGUCUGGGUGGUGUUCGCCCUUCCGCUCGGCCACAAGUACAAUAACGUGCCCAUCAUCAAGUUCAUGUCGUAUCUCACGUCGCACAUCUACCUGAUGGUCUUCCUGUUGCUGGUUGGCAUCACGCCGAUCUAUCCAGUGGUGAGACCCAGUCUGAUACCGUACUGGUACGAGUGGUGCCUGCUAGUGAUGCUAUCAGGACUAUUGCUAUUCGAACUGACGAAUCCCAGUGACAAAAGCGGCCUCGGCUGGAUCAAGCUGGCGGUGUUGCUCUUCAGCAUAUUCGGUGUUGCGUUUCACUUGAUGGGAUUCGUAAUCGUCGAUAGACCAUACUGGCCGACUCUUCUCUACCUGAGAAACCAGCUUUUUGCCCUCAGUUUCCUUUUAGCUUGCGUGCAAAUCCUGGACUUCCUGUCAUUUCAUCAUCUGUUUGGGCCGUGGGCCAUCAUCAUCGGUAAUCUCAUGAAGGAUCUCGCGAGGUUUCUCGCGGUGUUGGCGAUCUUCGUCUUCGGCUUCUCUAUGCACUUCGUCGCGCUUAAUCAGGCGUUCAAGAAUAAUUCGCCGGAUGCGCGCGUGGAGAAUAGAAAGAAACCAUUCGCCGACGAUUUGUUGGCCAAUGUUACGGAAUGGAUGAUGGAGACGCCACCAACGGCGCCUCCUCGUCGCUACGGCCGCUACAAGAAAAAGAAUGAGUGCUGUGACGAUAACAGCAGAGAUUGUAAGUUUUCAGCUGGUUGAGAACGAUUAAUCAGAAGCAACUCAAGCGCGGAAAGCAAAUCGGAAUAAAAAUCGCGCACGCGAAACUGAAUGCAGGACACGAUCCUCCAUCUCGGUGUCGUCUCGUCUGCAUCGUGCAUUUGGCCAGUGUGUGUUGUCUGCUGAGACUGCUGCCUGAUAUGACGAAGCGAAAGAAAAGAAAAUAAACGAGAGAACUCGGAAAAAAAUACACGCAAAAUUGAAUGUUCUCCUUGUCGCGUUGUAUGCUGUGAUUCGGAGGCAAUGGUAAAAAAAUUUAAACGAAAACGAUCGAUGGAGAAUUUGCUGAGAAUAAUAUAUCUCUCUUGUAUGCAAACAUUACUGCAAUCGUUUAAAAAGCACUCCAGUGCAGCAACCACUUAUUAGUUAUUGCCAUGGGCGUAUGCAAAGAAGGCCGGGGAGCGUUUGCCCCCUCCCUAAAUUUUUAGAAAGAGAAACAAUUAAAUUAUGAAAAUCAUUUUUACAAAAAAUAAAAAACU